GACUCUGGGAUGCAGCUACAGACUCAUUGCUGUGCCCAUGGGGUAAUUUUGGUAGGCCGGCAUUUGCUGUGCAAGUGAGCAAGAUGAAUCCAGUCAAGGAGAGGCCUUCAAAGAUAGUGCGUCAUUAUGAUGCUGUUCCAGACGGAGGAUGGGGUUGGAUGGUGGUGAUAAAUUGCUUUUUGGUUAAUGUCCUGGUGAUGGGAACUCUGAAGUCAUUUGGUAUUUUUUUUGUCGGAUUUCAAGAAGCCUUUGGUGGCUCAGCGGAACAGAUCAGCUGGAUUGGUUCUAUAAUGUCAAGUUUGCGGCUGGCAGCUGGACCACUUGCAUCAGUGACUUGUGGGAAGCUAGGGGAAAGGUGGGCCUCCAUACUAGGUUCCAUUUUGGUCAGCAUCGGCUUCUUUACCAGUAUCAUGGCCACCAGCAUUGUUUUCCUGUACAUAAGUAUGGGAGCCAUAGUUGGUAUUGGCUUUGCUUUGAUGUAUCAAAGCGCCUCAGUCAUGGUUGCCCGAUACUUUAAGAAGCGACUGGCCACAGCCUACUCCAUUGGUCGCUCUGGCAUGGGUCUGACCUUUAUCCUGGCUCCUUUCACCCAACUCCUCCUGCAAUAUUAUGGUUUGCAAGGUGCUUUACUGAUUUUUGGAGGACUCAUGCUGAACUUGGUGCCCACAGGAAUGCUGUUACAUCCCAUAUAUAUUAAACAAGAGGACUUUCACACAGAACCAAAUGCAGUUGCCACAGAGCAGGUGAACUUUAACAACUGCUUGGAUCAAAACACAAAGACAAACAGUGUGCCAGCCAGUAACAUCUUCAUUCCUUGUGGUAACAUUCCCAGGACAGAGAUGCUUCAUAUACAGGGAGGCAGUAGUCCCUCAGCUUUUUCAAAGACUUGGACAAAAGGCAUCAAUGAGCAGGGAAAAAAUGAUAGGAAAAAACUACACUUGAACAAGCAAGGAGAUGCUUCCAAGGAACCGCAGAGCUUUCUGAGCUCUAAUGAGGAAAAGCCAGUUUCUAGUGCCACCUCAAAGAAGAAAAUCCUUGACCUGACGCUUCUCAAGAACCCCUUUUUCUGCAUUUUCACCUGGUCAGUGGUCUUUAGCCAGCUUGCUUACUUCAUCCCUUAUUUUCAUCUAUCAGCCAGAGCAAGAACACUUGGGAUUGACCCUAUGGAUGCCUCCUUUAUUAUCUCAGUAGCUGGUAUUACGGAAACGCUGUCUCAGCUGGUGUCAGGAUGGAUUACAGACAAGAACUUAUUACAUAAGUACCAUUGUCAUAAGGCCUACUUGAUUCUGUGUGGAAUUGUCAACCUGCUAGCCCCUCUGGCUACCACAUACAGUCAGAUCAUAGUCUAUGCUGUCAUAUAUGCAAUCUUUUGUGGUGGCUACAUGGCUCUACUGCUUCCUGUUCAGGUAGACAUGAUGGGCGUGUCCAGCAUCAACAGUUCUAUGGGGCUGUCCAUGUUCUUUGUGGGUAUUGGCUGUCUCACAGGGCCACCAACUGCAGGCUGGCUUUAUGACUACACCCAAACCUAUGACUGCUCAUUUUAUCUGGCUGGCGUGUGCUUCUUGCUUUCCUCAAUCUCUCUUUUCUUUGAACCGCUGGCCAGUAGGUGGAAAGCCAGAAAGAACCUGGAAACUUUAGGGCACCUUAUCCAUUUUUACUUCAAACUGAGGAUCCUGGAAAGCCACAUGGCAGCAGUGAAGAAACAAUAGAAAAAAAUAA